UCCGAACUUGAAUCACUCGGGGUCAACCCCUAGUGAGAAGAUGAGAGAAUACAUUAAUCGCUAUUUUGAGGUAUUUCACCCACGUUGGCCGUUUAUCCAUAAAGGGUCCUUCAAUAUAUGCCGCGAAACUCCAUUACUUCUACAAGCAAUGAUGGUGAUAGGCAUGUGGGUAUCGGGAGGGCAAUCUGCGCAGUCGGCGGCCAUGGAACUUCAUGAUAAGCUUGAUUCUGCUAUACGAGAUCAGAGGGAGAAAUGGGAUGCCUCGGAAGUAGAAGGGGCCAGCAGCGCCUGCUUCUGGCCAAUAGCAACAUAUCAGGCUAUCCUACUUCAUAUCAUUUGUUCUUUUAUCAUGAGAGCUGGCGGUGUUGUCAACCUCGACCUCAAAACCUCUAUCUCCGCUGCGGAUCUGGAUCUCCUCCAAUCGCUUGUCGGAAGCUGUCAAAAAUUGGGCAUGUUCUCUUACCCGAACAUGCUUAACAGGUAUGCUGAAGCUGACAUGGCCUCAUAUGUCUGGGUGGGGUUAGAAGAAGUCAAGCGGUUUGACAUAGCACUGUAUAAGCUGUGUAUGAAGCUCAGCUCUGGCCCAGAAGACAGGCAGUUGCUACCUGCAAGUGGACUUGAUUUCCCGCUCCCAAGCAAUGAUCUCUUGUGGCAUUCAACCGAAAGACAUGAAUGGGACGCUCAUGCGAAGAAUGAGAACACGGUUAAUCUGAACGACGAUUGUCGGGCAAAGUGGAUUUCCAAUUUUGCAGAUGUAUUACAAUCUAUUUGUUCAUAAAUAGACCCUCCAUAUUAUUACGCAAU